AUAAAAUAUCUCUAAACCUCUAGAACUAUCGAUUCCGAAAAAAGAAAAACCAAAAGAAGAAAGUGAAAUAAGAGCAACCUUCAUUUUGAAACCCUAGUUUUGAAUUUGAAUUGAAUUGCAAUAGAAUCUCAAUGUCGAUACCACCAUCAGCCUCUUCAUCGUCGCAAUUCACAUACACAACAACGACAACACCAACACCAAAUAAUUCCAUUUUCCCAUUGCCAUUUCAUCUCCAACAACCCCCGCUCCAACCCUACGCCCCCGUUCAACCCGUUGUCGCACCGGUCUAUAGCGCUCCGGUUGGAUCCGUCUACACUUUACCUCAAUACCAACAGGCGCAACAGUUGUUCCAAAGGGAUGCACAAACAAUUACACCUGAAGCACUUGAAGGUGUGAAAGCUGCACUUGCUAGCAGUGAAAUUGAGCACAAAGCUGAAACCAAAAAGAAAGCUGUUCCUCGAAAAGCUGCUGGCCAGUCUUGGGAGGAUCCUACGCUUGCAGAGUGGCCUGAAAAUGAUUAUCGCCUAUUUUGUGGUGAUCUUGGUAAUGAGGUGAAUGAUGAUGUUCUUUCAAAAGCAUUUUCAAGGUUUCCUUCCUUUAACAUGGCCAGAGUGGUCAGAGAUAAGCGGACUGGCAAAACCAAGGGCUACGGAUUUGUUAGCUUUUGCAACCCUUCCGACCUUGCAGCAGCUCUUAAGGAGAUGAACGGUAAAUAUGUUGGAAAUCGGCCUAUUAAGUUACGCAAGAGCAAUUGGAAGGAAAGAACAGACUAUGAGGCACUAGAAAAACAGAAGAGCCAACAUCAGAAGAAACCGAAGCCUUCUAAAAAGAGUGUAUUGCAUAAGUGACAGAUACAAUGUGGCAUCAAGAUGGACCCAUCAAAUAGCAUAACAUUGGGAUUUUGAUUCGAUCACUCGUACCUCGAUCACUUGUACCUUUCACAUUGAUACCCGGCAGGCAUAUGCAGAACCAUUAUGUGAUAUAAUUUAGAUUAAAAAUCCGAGGAAAUGACAUCUUUUGUAGUUUUCUUGCUUCAAGAUUACAUGGAAAUAACACUUAUUUUGUAUCGAUA